AGCAGGUGGCGAUGUCUAAAGCUGGUUCACAAGUCACCAUUAAAACCACGAAGAAGAAGAAGCACAAGCCAGGCAGCUACCUGGUUGCCAGGACAACGCCGAUGAACCACGUUUUUACGUUAAGUGAGAAUUGGUUUUAUGGGAAAAAAAUAGUAUAGUUUUAUUAACGAAAGUAAAAUGCCGAGAUGAUGUGGUUAACUAGAUAAUGCGGUGAUUAUAAAGACAGUGGAGUUCACGAGUGUGAUGAUGACGGUUGUCCCGUUAUGGGAUCUCUCCCUUCCACUCCCUGCCGUCGUCCUGAUCUCCGUUGGACUCUAUAUGCUGUUUCUUGCAGGUGUCUUAUGGUGCCAUCACUGUCUCAAGACGCAGUGCAAUCCUCAGUGUACAAACUGCUGCCCGAGCGUAUCUCCUUUUGAGUACUGUCACAUGUGCGCUCAGUCAUGUGACUGCCACCCACCAUCUCUUCACACGUGCCUUGACCACUCCUGCCCCUCUCCUAAUUGUGCCAUGUGGGACUGCACCUGCAACCCUCAACCACCUCAGUGUGACUCCAUCAACUGCUUAUGCUGCGAGAUCAAGUUCAAAUAGAGACCAAAUGGAGGAUUUACACUUCCAAAAAUCUAACCCGAGCUGUGUAUGUGGCCACGCGUUCACAAGUGCGUUUGUGCUUAUGUUUACAGCGAGUAUGUGCUCCUUUUCUCCAUUUUCUGCACAUUUUACUUAAAUACAUCCUGGUAGCACUUUACAUUCAUUGCACUAAUACCUGAAUUAAUACUUACUUAAAUAUUAGCUAAGGCAUGUACUAAUCACAAACUAACGAAGAGCGAACCUUAACUAGGACGUGAAUCUGAUGAAUUCAUACGUGAAUAACGACCACUUUAAGUACGUUAAUACAGGUUUGUUAGUUAAUGUAUUAAUUAACAUGUAGGGGUAAACUAAAUCAAACACACUGUAUAAGAAAGAACAUGAAAUAAACGUGCAUCAUUUCAAAUUGUUUAUAUAAUUUGCCGUACGCAGCUGCGGACCCAAACAUCAUCGGAUGGCGCUGGAUUACUUUGAUAAUUGACGUUGUUCCUCAUUAUCGAACAUAUAAAGACGCACUAAUAAUAAACACCAAUCAGUUCAUCUCAACCCAUUUUGCGUCACUCUCCAUCCAUUUUUCUUUUUCAUUUCAAAUCCCACUGUAGUACUAGUACGCCCCCCAAGCCUCAUGUGGCACGCUCCUGCCCACCCCCCAAUAAUGUAUGUGUAUUUACUUAUAUACGUCUUUGAUCGCUAGUUUGCUAUCAAAUGUUUCCUCUGAUUAAAUUCUACAAUGCUAGAAGUGUUGCUUGUCCUACUCCGUACGAGUCUUCUCGCGUGCGUCCAUUUUUCGUAUCUUGACUGUUGUACAGUCUGACAUUAAUGACAACUGAGAUCCUACAGUGUGAUGUGGCUUACAGCAGGGACCGUGUUCCUACAGUCUGACAAGCAACAGUCGCAAAGGACUAUAAAAAAUCGCACAGUGUGCACCUGGCUUUAGCCUGAGAUGUCGCCGUGUUUAUUCCGACUGCUUUACUGCGUCUAUGUCAAUCAGAUCUCCCGGCUUUAAAUGCUUAUGAACAGUCACCCAUUUCUCUCUUGUGCUCUUGCUCAUGUUUUUUGCUCACUGCCCCUCAAAAUGUCUGCGCACGGGUUGAGAUGACAUUAUUGCUCUUUAUUAAUAGUGUUUCUUUCUAUGUACGAUAAGAAAGAAUUCGAAAUUUCAUUCAUAUUCUUUCUAAGAGCGUGUUUGAAUCAGUUCCCCUCUACGUGAUAAUUAAUACAUUAACAAAUACACAUAUACUAACGUGCUUCAAUUGGUCGUUAUUCAUGCAUGAGUUCGUAAGACACGCGAUAGUUACAUGCCAAGUUUAGUUCUUCAUUAGUUUGUGAUUAGUACAUGCCUUAACUCAUUGUUAGUUAAGUAAUUAAGUUAAGUGUUAAUUCAGGUAUUAGUGCUCGAUUGUUCGGUACAUUAUUCAUGUAAGUUGUUAUCCACACCCUUUUUCUUUAGAAUGCCUUCAUGUUUUAUGUUCACGGACGUUACAUGCUUUUUCAAUGCUAGCGUUCGAGUUCUUGCUUUUUGAGGAGCUUUAACCUAGCAAGGCCAUUUCUUUUAAGCGUUUACUUAUAGCUGACAUGAUAUAUUACUUGUGCUAAAUUUCCCCCUGUUUACACCAGCAUUAAAAAAAAUGUACAAACAAAAUCAAGGCCUUUUCUUUAUCCAGUCUUUUUAAUUUGUUCAUGCGACUGAGACUUGUGAUAGUUCUCACGUACGAUAUUUGUAGAACUGGACUGACAAAGAACUAUAUUUUUGUGGUUCUGACAUUUUUUUGUUUGUUUCUCCAUUUGAAAUAUUAAGCACAAGUCACUUAUUGUGUUUACUGUAAUUAUAUUGUGUCCUGUGUAUUUCUGCUAUCACGGCACUAACACCAGUUUUCUAACAUGUACUUUUGUUAGUAUUGAUUUUAUAGAUUUUUUUAUUUUUGUCUGUGUAGAAACAUGCUGUAUUGUCUUUACACGGGAAAAUAAGCCUUUUCAUUUUUAAAUCUGUGCAGACCGUUUGUGUUCUUGCUUACUGUGACAUUUGAGUCUAAGCUUUUCUCCCUCAUGAUGCCAUCAGGAGAAGUUACACAAUGUGCACAAUGUGUGUUGUUUCAUUAUUAAGAGUAUUGUUCUAGUAUUGAGGUUCGUCUUCAGUAACCGCUUUAUCCUGUUCAGGGUCGAGGUGAAUCCACAUGUCCACAGAAUUAGGUUAAGAUUAAACGUGGGUAAUUCAUUGUGGUUUGAUUAUACAGUGGUGUCUUUCAUCUUGUUAGCUUUAAUAAUUGAGAAUUGAUUUAUCAAAUGGCCGUUUCAUACAGGAAAUACACUUCAACAAUACUUAUGAAUAAAAUUAUUUGAUUAUGUUCUGACCAAUACAUAUAAAAUAUAUACAGUAUACGGUGUGUGUGUGUGUGUGUGUGUGUGUGUGUGUGUGUGUGUGUGUAUAUGUAUAUAUGUGUGUAUAUGUAUGUAUUAGGGAUGCACCGAAUUUUCGGCAACCGAAAUUAUUCGCCGAAAAUAGAAAAAAAAAAAAAAAAACACUUUCGAUGUUCUGCCGAAUAAGUGAAAAGGCCUAAUAAAUUUGACCGAACAAUGACAUGUUUGAUGACGCGACAAAAUAGCCUAGCAACCAGAGUGAGACGCGCGAAUGUCACGACCUCGAUGAGGGGGCGCGCGCGUGCACGAGCUACAUGCCCUUCGGAUGUUGACGGACGUUUACUGUGGACACGUGGGUUUGUUUUGUUUCUGUUGCGGAGUAUUCUGUCACGUCGCGAGACGUAAGGGAGUAGAGUACGGAAGCAGGUAAAGAUGUAUUUAUUUAAGGGCAGGCAGACAAAUCCAAAUCGUAAUCCAAAGAAUUUAGUCAAGACAGGCAAAGGGUUAUCGGGCGACCGGCAAACAGGCAUAAACGGAGGAAAACCAGAAAUCAAAGUCGCGGUCACAGAAAACAGGGUCAAAACACAAAACGAGAACCAUGAACUAGUACUAUGGACUGGGAGCGGAAACACCAGCGGGGACUAAAUGAACUAAUCUAUAAACUAACUAAAUCUAUCAAGGAACAUAACAUUAACAACGUAUCUAACUGUACUAUAUCUACUCUAAUACUCCGCGAGGUGUACAGGGACGUGAGCGGUAUAUAUCCCCAAGAUAAUCAGCCGUAUAGAACCCAAUAGAACCAUUUUCUGCACUUUUGUCAAUGCACUUUUUAAUGCACUUUUUAGUUGUAGGCUACAGAGUGUUACAUUCUUUCAGCAGUCAGUUAUAGGCCUAACACAGGCUAUUCAAGCAGAGCUCAAAGACGACCACAUCAAAAUAUUUUUAUUUUACUCAUUUAUUUAUUUAAAGUUAUAUUGUGCCUUGUUGGUAGCCUAUGCCUGCUGGAAUGAAAAAAAAUGUUCAGUGUUAAAUAAAUAUUUUGAAAUUG